UUGAAUAUAAUAAUAUAGUUCCAUUAUUAUCCAAAAAAAAUUGUUAAGAAGUUUGUUUUUAUAAGGUGUUUUGGGUGCUAUUUCAUCACUGACGUAAAAUGGAAUCUCUUCCCGACUGUGAUCUGAUUUCGAUCUUUAGUCUCUUGGACUUGAAAUCUCAGUUUAACAUCGCUAGAGUGCAUUCUCGUUUCUACGCACUAAUGCCUUUGGUUUGGGGAUCCAAAGUUUGCAUAUCACUGUUCCAAAUCGGACAUAUCCAGCGCAGAUCUCCGUCACUACCUGUGCAUAAUCCGCACGACAGUGCAAGUUUUACGGUUCAACAUGAUCAGCCGGGAAAACUUUGACAUACUUACCAGCUACGUUUUUCCCAGUGCACACGAUUUUCGCUUCCUAACAGAAUCAUUCCACUUGAAAGAUGCGGACAUUCUGAUGAUAAUUAAAGCUUUUCCACAGUUGAGGACAUUCAGUCCCGUUGGACAUUUUACAGGAAAAUAUUUUUCUGACAUUCCGCACCUGGAGAACCUGAGAAUAACCUAUUGCGGCGGAUUCGAGGUCAGAAACCUAGUCCAUAUAAUGCAAACAAAACAAUUGAAAAGCCUCAAUCUCGAGCUAUUUGCCUGUGACGAUGAUUUGCUCAAAAUACAACUACCACCAGUUGGUAUGCAAAGUCUAGAGGUUCUGAUAUGUGACGAGGACGAAUUUGGUGUAUGGUUUAUGAAGAAUUUGCAGCAUCUGAAACAGCUAAAACAACUGACAAUCCUUGGAAAUAACUAUCCCAGUACGCUGUUGGAACUCUGCGAAAAGUUUAAGGCCGUAGGUCGCCAUAGCUUGAAGCAACUGGAAGUACACGACAAUUGCGAUUUAUAUUUUGAUGCCGAACGCCUUCAGUUGGAUAUUGAAACUUUCGUAUUGAAAUACAGUCAAUUUUUGAAUCCAGCUAGAUGUAAAAUUUCGCAUCCCUUUCAGCAUAUCAAGCGCUUGCUCUUUUAUUCCUGCAAUAUAGUAGAUGCUGACGCCCUUGAACACUUCCUUCAGCUCUGCAAGCACGUGGAGGUCAUUGCAUUUGAGAGAUGCACCUUUCCGUUACAGUGCUACACAUUCUCAGCUCCGCGAAUCGCCCAGCAUCGUGCCACAACCCUCAACCUGUAUCUAGAUGGAAAUACAUUUAUAAAAGAGGAUUUAGUGGACGGUGUCCCGAUGGCGUGGAGUGCCAAUGGCGAAGACAAAUUGUUCAAGCUGCACCAAACUAAAUCGAAAAUCAACUGCAAUGUGAUGCGCAAAAUAUCUAUUAAUUUUAUAGCCUGAUCAAACUGAAAUAUAAACUGAAAGUUGUGAACAUCA